AUGUCCAAGCAAACCGUCUCCGGGAAAGACCCCGUUCCGAGGAUGUGGUGGAUCAUGGUCGGCGGCAACGGCCUCGCACCGCCGCCGACGUGGGACCGCUUCCUGUCCAUCACGGCCCAACGCAACAAGGUAAGGCGGGAUGCUGAGAAGGAGAAAAGAGAUUUCAAGGAGGCUCAGAGGGCUGUGAAAGAGGAGCUCGAAAAAGCGAAGAAGACGUACAAGGAGGCCUUCGGCGGCGGGUUGGCGGCCUGGAGACAACGGAACCGCGAAGCAGAAGCUAACAGUGACGGAACGGAUGGCAAUGGGACCGGCCGAGAUCGCCAGCAGCGCACGCAGGAGACUACCGCCUCCGACGACGGGCCCGAGUCGGAUAGUUGA